AUGCGAGAUGCGCGUGAGGUCAUCGCUGUCCAUCCAACUGCCGGUUGGAGGGCUUGCAAAUGGGCGCGGAAGUGGAGAUCUGCCAUGGCUGCGAUCUUGCCGAGCGGUUUCGACGCUGCAGUUCCCCUAACCGAUACGGAGGUGCGUAAACUCGGCCUCCUCCUGUGGAAGGACAUCGUCAAAUGGGUGCAGGAGACUGAGGGAAAUCGCUACCUGGGCCUCUUCAGAGCUGACCAUCAAACAUCCAAGACGUUCGGUUGGGAUGGCAAGGAGAUGCCGUCGCGAGGGUUGGAGCCCUUAGAGCCCGGGGCGACUCCGCCAGAGUGGUCCUUCGUUCCCGUGACGGAUCUGUUUCUGGUGGUGGGAGAAGGUCUCGUCGGCGUCACCACCGAGGGCAUCUUUGCUGAAAAGGCCAAAGGCCAGAAGAGAACAUGUCUCAGGGAAUGCUACAAGCCAAAGCAGCUCACCGACCAGAAUGGUGCCGACAAUGGCGGCCCGCCCAAGUCCGAAGACGCCACUGCUUAG